GAGGCAUGGAGCGCUGCCCCAGCCUGGGGGUCACCCUGUACGCCCUGGUGGUGGUCCUGGGUCUGCGGGCGGCACCGGCCGGCGGCCAGCACUACCUCCACAUCCGCCCGGCUCCCAGCGACAACCUGCCCCUGGUGGACCUCAUCGAGCACCCGGACCCUAUCUUUGACCCCAAGGAGAAGGACCUGAAUGAGACGCUGCUGCGCUCGCUGCUCGGGGGCCACUACGACCCGGGUUUCAUGGCCACCUCGCCCCCCGAGGACCGACCCGGCGGGGGCGGGGGGCCGGCGGGGGGCGCCGAGGACCUGGCGGAGCUGGACCAGCUGUUGAGGCAGCGGCCGUCGGGGGCCAUGCCGAGUGAGAUCAAAGGGCUGGAGUUCUCCGAGGGCUUGGCCCAGGGCAAGAAGCAACGUCUGAGCAAGAAGUUGCGGAGGAAGUUACAGAUGUGGCUCUGGUCACAGACCUUCUGCCCGGUGCUGUACGCCUGGAACGACCUGGGCAGCCGCUUUUGGCCGCGCUACGUGAAGGUGGGCAGCUGUUUCAGCAAGCGCUCCUGCUCGGUGCCCGAGGGCAUGGUGUGCAAGCCGUCCAAGUCCGUGCACCUCACGGUGCUACGGUGGCGCUGUCAGCGGCGCGGGGGGCAGCGCUGCGGCUGGAUUCCCAUCCAGUACCCCAUCAUUUCCGAAUGCAAGUGCUCCUGCUAGAACUCGGAGGCCCCUGCCAGCGCCUGGACACUUGAUCGAUCCCCACCGACGCCCCCCUACACACACACACACACACACACACACACACCGCCUCCAACCAGUUCCACCACCCUCCAGGGAGGAUUUUCAAUGAACUUGUUUUUUUGUUUUUUUGUUUUUUUUUUCUUUCUUGCCUACAGAGACCUAGCUUUCUGGUUCAUGUAAUGCACUGUUUAACUGUGUAGGAAUGUAUAUGUGUGUGUAUAUACGGUCCCAGUUUUAAUUUACUUAUUAAAAGGUCAGUAUUAUACGUUAAAAGUUACCGGCUUCUACUGUAUUUUUAAAAAAAAAAAUAAGCAAAAGAAAAAAAAGAACAGA